AUGGAUCGGGUGAUUCUCAGCAGUGAAGAUGCUCGUCCCCUGCAGCACCACCUGAACCGUCUCCCCAUACUUGAUCCUGUAAACCUUAGUCCCGCGCACGGGCUGCCACAGGGCCCGACUCACGUUCCCCGUGUAGUCGAACUGAACUGGCGGGUUCCCAGGGAAAUCGCUCGUGAAAACCCCUUGUAUGCCUUGCUUAUGUGCUUGGAGCAAGGAAAAAUUCGACGGGAGCACGAACGAGACGUUGUUCAUGCUGGCUCCGAACCGGGUCCCGUUCGGGCCCUGGCACGUGCUUCGGCUUGCGCCAGGCGGGCAAUUGAAAAGCCCGAGCCCGACCGUGAAGAAAAGGCUGUGGUCAAUGUUGGUGGGGACGGGAGCUCGGUUUGGGCUUCUGAAGCUCGUUGUGAAAGCAGUUGCCGUGGGCGUGUCGUUAAAAGCGGGCAUGGAGGGCAUAACGGGCUUGAUCUUGGAACAACGGGCCGUGCAGGGGGUAGAUUUGUACUCGAGGAUUGCAGUUGUGGUGGUGUUGUCGAAUGGGGCGCCCUGCGCACUGGCGUAGGCUCGGGCCGCAAUGUAGUAACGGGCCGCGGGCUGGUCGGUUUUGAUGAGGACAUCGGUGGUCUGGCCCGGCCCGAGCAUGAGGACGUCGGUGGUGAAGGGCUUCACGUAGGAGGCGUCGGCCCCAACUACCUCGUUAAUUGGAAACGAACCGUUGCUAGAGCAAUUGUAGAGAUCGCCGGGUUGACCGUUGAUCGUGUAAGCAUCGGAUACAUUAGGAGCAGCCCCUGUUCUCAUGGCCUGUCUCACAACAUCAAUUGGGUUUGCAUUCCACCAUUCACCUGCUCACCAAACGUUUGA